AUGGCUACCACUACCACCACCACCACAGAAACGGUCGAGUUACACACCUACGACGCCACGACCUACGGACAUUCUCGGCACGAGGAAGAAUGCCCACCACCCGAUGACAAUGUCACAACAGCCAUCCAACCACUCGAAGUAACAGGAGUCGUCAAAUUGAAAGUCUUCAGCGCUGCAUUUUGCUUUCUCAACGCUGGAAUCAACGACGGCAGUCUCGGUGCCCUGAUCCCCUACAUCCUCCGCCACUAUGACAUCUCCACCGCGUGGAUGGCCAUACCCUACGGCACCGCGUUCGCCGGAUGGCUCGUCGCCGCUCUGGUCGGUGGCUAUGCUCGAGUCACGCUGGGCACAGGCGGUGUGAUUGUCGCAGGGGCCGUUCUACAGUUCCUCACGCAGGUGUUCAGGUUCUGGUUUCCGCCUUUCGGGAUCUUCUCUUUUUCCUUCUUUCUGGUCGCACUCGGACAGGGCCUACAGGAACCGCAGGCCAACACCUUUGUCACGACACUCAAAUCGGCACACCGCUGGCUUGGCUUGAUUCACGGCUGUUACGCACUGGGAGGAUUUGCGGGACCGUUGAUUGCGUCUGCUAUAGCGGCGAACUCCAAUGGCAAUUGGGCUGCAUUCUACUACGUACCACUUGGCAUUGGCGCGCUCAAUUUGAUCCUAUGCAGCUACGCUUUCAAAGACGAGACGACCUUCCGCCAACGCCAUCGCCAGACCUCGGGACAACGAGCGAGUGCAACCGCCUUCUCCGAACUCAAGGCAACUUUGAAGCUGAAGGCCGUCUGGCUUGUAAGCGUCUUCUUCUUCCUCUAUCUCGGCGCAGCCAUCACCGCAGGGGGUUGGGUCGUGGAAUUCUUGGUCGUUGUGAGAGAUGGACGUCUCUCGAGGGUAGGCUACAUCUCGAGUGCCUACAAUGGCGGUACCGCACUGGGUCGGUUCCUGUUGGCUGAGCCCACAUUUCGACUCGGCGAGAGGCGGAUGCUCUUGCUCUACUCUGUCCUCGCCGUGGCUUUGCAGGUGGUGUUCUGGCAGGUGCCGAAUAUCGUGGUCAACGCUGUCAGCGUCAGCUUCCUGGGCUUCGUAUUGGGCCCAUUCUUCGCGACUGCAGUUUCUGUUGGCUCCAAGUUGAUACCGAAAGAACUGCAGCAAUCUGGAUUGGCAUUCAUCUUUGUCAUGGCUCAGGCAGGCGGCGCCAUAUUCCCCGCGGUAACGGGUGUCAUAUCAUCACAGUCAGGAGUUGAAACCCUCCAACCGAUCUUGGUGGGCCUGCUCGCGGCGAUGACGGUGGCCUGGGCCAUCGUACCCAUUCCAAAGAAGAUGAGCGUGCAAUGA